AUGCCGAGAAUUCCAGUCAACCCGCCAAAGGAAUUUGAGAAGGUAAGGGGGUUUCUGGAAAAGAUGGAGGCUGAGAUGCGGCAGGCAGAGAAUGCACCUCUUGCUCCAAGUCCUCCAGAAAACUACUGGCCCAUAUUCCAGCUUCAUCACCAGAGAUCCAGAUAUAUAUACAAUCUUAAGAAAAGAGGCGAGAUCAGCACAAAACUGUAUGGGUAUCUUUCGUCCAAUCGGUUUGUCGAUCACGAGCUGGCUUGUUAUUGGGACAGAGUGGGAUAUGAAACCCUAUGCUGUCUCAGAUGUAUUCAGCCUAUCGAUAGCAAGCAUGGAAAUGUAUGCAUAUGCAGAGUGCCGCAAAGAAACAUUGAUGUUAGCCAGGCUCUGAAAUGCGACAACUGCGGGUGCAGAGGAUGUUCCGGGUACUGA